UGGUGCUAAACACCCAAGCACAAAAAUAUUGAAAAAUAGCCCAAGCCCAAAUCAGGAUCGCAAGUCGCAGACUUCGGCCCUUCCGAAUUACGGGCGUCCAUCGUCUUAUGUGGCUUCGUCACGCACUCACGCCUGUCGGUGUAUGCCGCUCUAAUCAUCUGAGCCUGCAACCAGCAGUUCUCCGGCCUUCCGAUAUCAGAUCCGCCCCUCCGAACGCUCUCCGUUGGCUACAAUUUAACGGCGACAUCUGGUAACUUUGAUAGAAGAUAUAAGAAAACUAUCGAUCUCUCGAAAUGAGUGCAGGAGGGGCAUUUGGUGGAAAUAGAGGAUUAAGGCCUGUGCCUCCAGAAAAGGGAGUUUUUCCUCUAGACCACUCACAUUUAUGUGACUCGGAGAAAAAAGAUUACCUCGGCUGUUUGAAAACGUCUGGACAUCAAUCAGAAAAGUGUAGACAGUUCUCAAAGAAGUAUCUCAAAUGUCGAAUGGAGAAAAACCUAAUGGCAAAGCAAGACUUGUCAGAACUCGGAUUUGGGAAGCAAUAUGAUGCAGAAACUUCUUCUGAGGAAAAUAAGGACGCAAGGAUAGAGAAGUGAUGAUAACUUAAACAAAUAUUUUGCUUGACCUUUUCGGGAAUCCGUCCAUUUUUUGGCGUUAUUUUGAGGUUUGCUGCACCAAAAUGUAAAACCAUAGUUAUAAAUUUCACGGGAGACAAGUAAUCCUUUUGGUGUUGAUUUGAUCACAAAAAUUAGUUAAUAGCACACUUAUUUGUUGAAUUGCUUCUGUCUUUCUAGGAUUAGUAUUUAAUAUAGGUAUCGUCAGAUUAUUGAAGAUAGUUAGCAUUUGAUGUCAGUGGAAGGUUCCUGCG